AACAAAAAGCCUCCAUUUUUAUUUAUAUCUUUUCCUUUCACAUUCAUUUCUAUUUCUAUUUCUAUUCUUAACGAAAGUGAGCAUUUGUCUUACUUCUCACCAUUUUUUUGGUGAAUUCUCAGUCCUUCACGUUCAAACAAACCGAUAGAAACAGAGAGCUCUGUCAAGGUUCUGUUUUUUCAAUUGGGUUUUUCAAUGGUGGAUUGGAGAAAGAGAAUAACCGAUUUCUACUCCGAAAUUGAUUUCCUUUUUUAAUUGGUUGAAACUUGGAGGAGGAGGAGAAUUUUUUGGAUAUCGAUUCUGGAAAUGAGAGCUGGACUUGGUACGAUCCUGCAAACACUGACGUCGGAGGCGGCAACUAUUUUGAACCAGGCAAUUGCCGAGGCCGGUCGCCGUAACCAUGGCCAGACCACGCCGGUCCAUGUGGCUGCAACUCUGUUGGCUUCACCAACUGGGUUCCUUCGUCAGGCCUGCAUCAAGUCCCAUCCUAAUUCAUCGCACCCACUUCAGUGCAGAGCUCUCGAGCUCUGUUUCAGCGUCGCUCUCGAACGCUUACCGACGGCCCAAAACGUGUCCGCCGGUUCAGAACCACCCAUCUCCAAUGCGUUAAUGGCAGCCCUUAAACGUGCACAAGCUCACCAACGCCGCGGCUCGUCUGAAUUGCAGCAACAGCCUAUGUUAGCGGUGAAGGUUGAGUUCGAGCAGCUAGUUAUAUCGAUUCUCGAUGAUCCAAGCGUCAGUAGAAUCAUGCGGGAAGCGAGCUUUUCAAGCCCUGCCGUUAAAGCUACGAUUGAACGGUCUUUGAAUUCGUCGGCAUCUGUGGUGAAUUCAUCCCCUAUUGGACUAGGUUCCCACUCUUCUCCGUCGCCUAAUCGGAAUCUUUAUUUGAAUCCACGGUUGCAACAGGGAAGCGUUACCCAAUUGGGACAGCCAAAAGGGGAGGAAGUGAAACGAAUCGUGGAUAUUUUGCUCAGGCCGACGAAGAGAAAUCCAAUCGUAGUUGGGGAUUCGGAAACAGAUGCAAUGUUGGAGGAAUUUUUUAAGCGAAUUAACAAGAAAGAACUGACUGAAGGGUCGCUUCAGAAUGCUGAGAUUAUCCAUUUGAAGAAGGAACUUGCAUCGGAUGGAGCACAAAUACCCACAAAACUUGAAGAAUUGGAAGAUUUGGUAGCGACCCGAAUGGCCAAAUCUAGUUCUGGGAGUAUAAUUCUUGACUUGGGGAAUCUACAAUGGUUGAUUGAGCAGCCGGCGAGUUCUGUUGCCCCUGAUUCCGGCGGAGUACUGCAGCCAGUUGUAUCCGAGGCCAGCCGUGCUGCCGUUCAGAAGAUUGGAAAGCUGUUGAUAAGGUUCAGAGAGGAAACUGCCGGACGGCUGUGGUUAAUCGGAACCGCUACUUGUGAAACCUUCUUGAGAUGCCAAAUCUAUCAUCCCUCAAUCGAAAGUGAUUGGGAUUUACAUGUUGUUCCUGUUGUAGCUAAAGCCCCUCGCUCUGGUUUAUAUCCAAGGUUUGGAACAAAGGAGAUUCUUGGCAGUUCAAUCGAAUCCGUGUCUCCAUUGAAGUUCUUUCCUACUCCUCCCAUUAGUCAACUGAGACAUAAAUCUGAGACUCUAAAUAAUGGUCCUAGAAUAACUUGCUGCCCACAGUGUAUGCAGAAGUAUGAACAAGAACAACAAAAACUCAUGAACAAGGAGUCUGAGAAAUCUUCUUCAGGAGUCAAGACAGACAGUAAUCAUCCUCCACUGCCACACUGGCUGCAAAAGGCUAAAGAUCAUGCUCCUAAUGCUGAAUCGGUUGAUUCGGAACAGAAUAAGGACAAAGAAUUGAUUGUAAAGCAGAGGACUCAAGAGCUACAAAAGAAAUGGAAUACUACAUGCUUGCACCUUCAUCCCAAUUUCCAUCAAUCAAAAAUUUUCAGUUCAACAGGAAAUAUGGCAACAGGGAUUUUGACGACGGGUUUAUACAAUCAAAACUUGCUCAAGUGCCAGCCUAGGUUAGAACUGAAUAAAAGCCUUGGGAGAACUCUUCAGCUGAAUAUGAAUCCACAACCCAACCAGCCAUCUGACUACAGCUCAAUACAAACAGACUUGAUUCUUGGACAAGGGAAGUUUAGUGGUAACAUCCCUGAACAAACUCGUAAAGAUUGCACCAAAGAAUUUUUGGGCCAAAAUCACAAGUCUUUUGGACCAGAGAUGAAGUCUCUGGAUCUUCAGAGUGCCAAACUUCUAGGUAUAACCGAUGUUGAUUCAUACAAGAAGAUCCUUAAAGUUCUUAUGGAAAAGGUUUGGUGGCAGCAAGAUGCAGUUUCUGCUGUGGCUAAUAUGAUAACUCAACGCAAACUGGGCAACAGGAAGCGUCAAGGUGCUGGAUCGAAAGGAGACAUUUGGCUAUUAUUUGCAGGGCCUGACAAAGUUGGCAAGAAGAAGAUGGCAUCAGCUAUUUCAGAGCUGGUAUGUGGGUCCAUCCUAGUUACAAUUUGUCUUGGUACACGACGUAAUAGUAGAGGAUUGGACAAUAAUUUUCGUGGUAGAACCCCGUUAGAUCAAAUUGCAGAGGCUGUUAGGAUGAAUCCAUUUUCAGUGAUAGUUCUUGAGGACAUAGAUGAAGCAGAUAUUCUAUUUCGUGGGAGUGUAAAACGGGCAAUCGAAAGUGGUCGGCUCAUUGAUUCCCAUGGUCGAGAAAUCAGCCUUGGUAAUGUUAUUUUUAUCCUCACAACUGUUUGGCUACCGGACGAUCUAAAGUACUUGUCGGAUCAAAAUUCUUUUGGCGAAAAGGAGCUCGCAAAUUUAGCUGGUGAAAGUUGGCAAUUGAGGUUAUCUCUGUCCGAAAAGCUAUUAAAACGUCGAGGGAAUUGGCUUUGCAAUGAAGAAAGGCUCACAAAAACCAGGAAAAAUACAAAUCCUGGUCUGUUUUUCGAUUUGAAUGAGGCUGCCAAUGCAGACGACGAUACUGCAGAUGGAUCACACAACUCAAGCGACCUCACAAUCGAUCAUGAAGAUGAAUAUGGACUAAGCAAGAUGGAAUCAACAACACCUUCACCAGCAUUAAGUGAGCUUCAAGAUAUUGUCGACGAUGCCAUUAUCUUCAAGCCAGUCAACUUCAAUCAUAUAACCCGAGACAUUAAAACGUCUAUCAACGAAAAAUUCUCCUCCAUUAUUGGGGAAGGAGUCUCAAUCGAGUUACAAGACCAGGCUCUACAAAAAAUCUUAGCUGGGGUAUGGUUUGGCAACACUGGUUUAGAAGAAUGGGCAGAGAAAGCACUAGUUCCAAGUUUCAACCAUCUCAAAGCUUGCUUUCCAAAAACAGCAGGCAGCACACGAGACAAGUCUAUAGUCGUUACUCUCGAACUAGACCGUGAAUCAGGCAAUCGAAGCCGAGGAGAUUGGCUGCCUAAUAACAUCAAAGUAGUGACAGCAGUAGAUGGAUUAUGAGAAUAGGGUGGAGGUAACAUAAAAUCUUGUAUAUAUGCAUAUAUAGUUUGCCCCUAAGGCUGGGGGAGGGGAGGUGUUAUAAUUUUAACAGCAUCUAGAUAGCGGGUAAGCAUGAAAUUGGUUUUUUGAGCAUUGUUGAUAAAGGGAAAAGCAGUAUCUUGUAAUUUCCUUUCUCCUUGGGAAUUAUUUAAUUCAAUUGUCUUCACCUCCA